CAAUUCCGGCCGCGCCGCCGCCCACCGCCAGCCCCCGCCCGCGGCUCCGCACGGCCGCGGGGCAGCGCCAUGGGCGCCGGCAGCUCCGCCGAGCCGCCCGCCACACAGGACGGGGCCGGGGCCGCGGCCGCCGCCGAGCCCCCCCGCACCCCUCCGGAGCCGCUGCCGGCAGAAGACGCGGUGGUGCCCCAGCCACCGGCGGAGCCCGCCAAGGUUUUAAAUGCAAGUUUACCAGUACCUGAUGUUAGUGAAGACAAUUUGAAGCAUGAUGGCUCACCACAGGAUCCACAGCAGCUAGGAGGAGCAUCUAAGGAACUGGAUGGGCAGCAGCCAGAGGUGGCUUCACCCCUCCAAGAACCACCCAGAGAGCAAGCAGAGCCCACUGGAACAAAUGUUGGACAAACAGAACAUUCCAAUGUAACUUUGAAGGAAGACACUGAACCUAUGGAGACAAAUCCAUCUCACCCAAGCACCAAGGACAGUGUAGAUGCUGAGAAGGAGGAUGCUCAUUCAAUUAAGCAGUUGCCAGCUUUGGAAGAAGACACAGAAGAACAUGUGUCUGAGCCACAGUCUUAUGAUCUGGGUUUUAAAAAGGUUUUUAAAUUUGUUGGCUUCAGAUUCACAGUGAAGAAGGAAAAGACAGGAAAAUCAGAACCAGUUCAACUACUUACUGUAAAGAAAGAAACACAGGUCCCUGAAGGAGAUGAUGAUCAAAAGGGAGUCAACUCAGAAGAAACAGCAGUGCCCGAGGAUGCACUCUCUGCAGAAGACACCACCAAAGAUGCACUGAAAAAUGAAAAAACAGAAGACGAAUCUCCUAAAAUACCAGAAGCAAAUGAGAUUUGUUCUCAGUCAACUGCCUUAACUGCUGAUACUGCGUCCCCAUUAAGAAAACUGUUUACUCAAGGAUGGACUGGAUUUAGAAAAAAGAAGAGUUUUAGGAAGCCUAAAGACGAUGAACAACAGUCUCCUGUGAAAGAAGAGGAGCAAGAAAAAGAGGGGACAACAUUAACAACUGAAACCAUUGAAAAGGAGGAGAAAUCUGAGUUUGAGAAGCAAGAUGAAGAGAGGAAUGUGACAGCAGUAACUAUUGAAGCACAUGAGAAGGAGCAAACUGAAGGUGAAAAGCAGGAGUCAGAAAAGACUGUGGCAGCCAUAGGAGUAGAAGAAAGUGGGGAGGAAGAGCUAGUCAAAUAUGAUGAGCAGGGACAAAAAAAGAAUCUCGCGGCAGCAGCUGUAAAAGAAAGUGCAGAGGAGAAAAAAGAUGAAGAUGAUCAAGAAAGGAAACUGGUGGAAGUCUCAGAAGAUCUUGAUAAAAAGGAAGAGAAAACUGAAGAAGGUGAGGUGACAGAGAAAACACUAAAAACAAAGUCAGUGGUGUCUCUUGUCACUGACAGUGUGAAUGGAGAAUUGAAAACACCCUCAGAAGUCCUACCCGUGGGAGAAAAACUGGAGUCCAUGGAGAAGUGUGAAACAGAUGACAGAACUGAAAUAUCAUCUGAAGAGAAAUUUGAAACAAUUGAAAUUUCUAGUGAACCGCUUAAAAAGUCUGAAGAAAGAGAAGGAGAUAAACCUACUCCACUUGGGAAAGAGACAUUAGAUGAAAAAACAGAGGAAGCAGAAUUGAAGAUGUCGCCUAAAGCAGAAGACAUCACACAAGGAGAAGCUCUGGAUAGAACCACAGACAAGAAAGAAUGCAAAGAACAUGCUUUGAGUGCUCCUGGAUCAAAAUCCUUUUCUACUUCUGAACAUUCAGUUGACACAAAGGAUGGUCAACGGUCAGUCAAACCCAGUGAGGAAGGGCUGCAGGGAAAAACUGGCAUAGUUAUGACUGAUACUGACAAUCCAGAUGAAAUAACCAUAAAUUCUGAAGAUGCAGCUGGAAAAAGGCCUCUGGAAGGUAUCACAAAUGAAGCUGAAGUUCUGUCUUCUCAAGAAAAGACUAAACUACAAGGCAGCCCUUUAAAGAAACUCUUUACAGGUACUGGAUUAAAAAAACUCUCUGGAAAGAAGCAAAAAGGCAAAAGAGAAGAAUCUAAGUUAGGGGAACAGGGCGAACCAGUUCAACACUUAUCAGAUUCCCCAGAUAGCCCAGAGGAACAAAAGGGGGAGAGUUCUGCUUCUUCUCCUGAGGAGAUGAAUGAAAUUCCUUCUUUAGAAAAAUCUACAGAUGGAAUGCAGGUCACUGAAAAUGAAGAUGCUACAGUUCCAGAUGUGGAGCGAAAAAGAGAAAGUGUUACACCCUGGGCAUCAUUCAAAAAGAUGGUGACUCCCAAGAAACGUAUCAGAAGACCUUCUGAAAGUGAUAAAGAAGAAGAAAUUGAUAAGACAAAGAGUGUUUCAGUGUCUGCAACUGAAAACCUUGUUGAUGAAAAUCAGGGAGAAAUAAAAGAAAAUGGGAUUGACCAGAAACCAGAGAAAACUACAGAAGAACCCAAAAGAAAGGUUGACACUUCUGUGUCCUGGGAAGCUUUUAUAUGUGUAGGUUCUUCCAAGAAAAGAGCCAGGAAAUCAUCAUCAUCUGAUGAAGAAAGCCAAAAAGUAGAAGAGUCUGGACAGGGCAAAGAAACAGCAACAGAUGCAAUUCUUACUAGUUCUCAGGAGAGCGAUCAAGGACAAGGCAAUUCUUCCCCAGAACAAGCUGGAAGCCCAUCUGAAAGUGAAGGUAUUUCAACAUGGGAAUCAUUUAAGAGGUUAGUCACUCCAAGAAGGAGAUCCAAAACCAGAAUGGAAGACAGAACUGAAGAUUCUGUUGUGGGAUCUAGCCUGGAUCAUUCAACAUCGGAUGGUGAGCCUGGAAAAGAUGAAUCAUGGGUUCCAUUUAGAAAACUGAUGCCUGGACGUAGGAAGAAGAAGUCAGACGGAAAGCCAGAACCAACUCAUCUUAAACAAGCAAGAGAAGACAUGACAGAAACAGCUGAAGAAGAUUCUGAUAUUCCGGCUGUUGUUCCUUUAUCCGAAUAUGAAGCAGCAGAGCAGGAGAAAAUUGAGGCCCAACAAGCGAAAGAUGCUGAAGCGAUGAAAGAACGAAGCUCAGAGGGAGAAGGAGCAGGAAAAUUAGAGGAGACCCUGAGAAUUGAGCAAGGAUAUGAAGGGCUGGUACAUGCAGUUGCUGUUACCGUUGUGGAAGGAGAAAGGGCAGUAACCAGCAUUGAGGAAAGAUCACCAUCUUGGAUAUCUGCUGCUCUGACAGAGUGCAUUGAGCAGGCAAGAGAAGAGGAAGAGAAAGAAGCUCUGAAAACAGCUGAAUUGGAUGUUAUUGUGGAAGAUACAGUGGUAGCUGCUAAGGCAGUGCCAGAGAUGAGAAGGGAUGUAGGUGAUGACACCACAGCGAGUGAGCUGGAGCUAACCUCAGAAGCAGUGACAGCUCUGGAGACAGCAGAAGCUUCCUGUGCUGAAGAAACAAUGGAAGUGUCCCUUGCCGAGGAGACAACUGAGAUGGUUUCUGCUGUUUCACAGUUGUUGGAAACCCCAGAUACUACAGAGGAAGCUACACCUGUACAAGAAGUAGAGGCCACUGAACAAAAUUUGAAAGAAUUAGACGAACAGACGCAAAAAGUUCUUCACGAAGUUGCUGAAAGAGUAAAGUCAGCAGACGUAACACAGCUGGUUAGUGCAAGAACCGUGACAGAAACUAUAAUUACAACAGUACAGGGACUUGAGUCAGAAGUAGAAGAUGAUGCCAAAGAUGGGAAUGUUGUAGGCCAGGAAACUGUUUUGCUUGAACAGUGCUUGGAAAAAGGAGAACAUGAGAACUUCCAGCCCCAGCAGAGUGCUGGGAGCAUUCAGGACCAAAACAGAGUUGAAGAGAGUGUUUUACAUGAAGGUUCAGAGAAAAGUGAAAUAGGUGCUGAAGUGGAAGAAAGCACAGAAAAAUAUGAAAAUGUGGAUAUAUUGAGAGAUGAAAGCCAGUGUCAGGAAUGUGAAGAAGCAGUUGUAGAAGGCCAUGAAGAAGUACACGAAGUGCAGAGGACAGUAGAGGAACCUUCAUCACAAGACAGAGAGUUUCACAGCAUCAAAGCUGUCACUCCCAAGGAAGAGCUCUUUGCAAAACAAGAACCUUCAGAACAAGAGAAACUGCCCGUAACAGAGUUGACAGUAGAUGAGACAAGAGAUGAAUGUGCUCCAGAAGUACAGACUGCAGUGCUGGACAAGACAGGGGAUGAAACCUCUUCCUUGGGACUUGAAACUGAAGAGCCUGUGCAGCUUGAAGGAGAGGGAAAAACCCUCACUGUGGUCCCUGUUAAACCUGAAAGACAAGAUGAAAUUCCUGACUUAGAAGAGCAAGUUUGUACUAAGGGAGUUAGCAGGGCACCUACUCUAAGAGAAGAAGAGGAAGAUGAUGCUGUGCUCAUCGGAGUAAAAAGCACAGAAGUCACAGUUCCUGAGGUUCCACUGCAGAACGAGGUAAAACCCUCUGACCUUUCUUCAGAAACACUUGGCUCAGAAUCAGCUGCAGGUGCUGAGCAGAGUGUGAGCAAUGGGACUGACAGGGACAUUGCAACAAAAGAUUCUGUGCCUAUCCUAGAGCCACAAUGCAGGGAGAAAACAACUGAAACCUCCUCCCAGAGGGAUGAAACCAAAGGUGACAAAAUAGAAGAUUCUAUUCUCAAAUCUGAAAAAUGCUUGGAGAACCCUACCACUGUUGCUGAGGCUCCCACACCGAUUAAAGCAGACACUGUAUCUAAUUUAGCAUCAACAUGCUCAGAUAUUGUUGAAAAUGGAAGCGCUGUCAUUACUGAUGUAAGUCCUCAGAAAUGUGAAACACCCAGCAGCUUGGCUGAAGAAGAGACUCUGGGAAAAAAACAAGAACUUGUAGAAACCUUGUACUGUCAAGGCUUCCAGAAAGAAGAUAACAAAAAUGAGCAACUGACAGAAAAAGCCAGAGAAGUGUCUGAACAUGGAAAGCAGGAAGCUGUAAGAGAUGAUGAAUGUUCAACUGCUGUCCAGCAAGAGGUUUUAACUGUGCAAGAGGGAGGCUCUGACUCAGCCUUCCCACAGGCCAAAAGUUUGGAGGCUCUGAAAACACCUGUGCCUGCAGCAGCUGCAGCAGUUGGACAGCAUGUCGUGGCAGAAACUGUGACACCCGCAGACAUGACAGCCAGAACUGUACAGCCAUUGGCAACCACACCGGAGCAAAUGGCUUCUGAAGAGGUCCCAGUUACUACUGUAGAUUAUUCAGGCUGUGGGACUGCAGGGCUUGAUAGUGCAAAGGCACCUGAGCCUAGAGUAACUUGUGCUUCUGUGAAUGGAAUAUCAGAGGAGCAAGAGAGGCCCCAGAACACAGGGCAACCCAAACAAAAUGGCAUUCCUUUCAGUCACAAUCUGCCUCACAGCCACCCAGAAUUUGAGAAGCAUGUUGUUCAGUCCGUGAUUAUAGAGUCCCAGAGUACGAAAAUUGUAUUGAGUGCCAUCGAGUCUGCUGUUCACAAACUUGCAGAAACAGAAGAGUCGGCUGCCUUUGAGUCAGAGCAGAGCAUUAAGUCCAUAGGGAAAAGCCUAUCGGAUACAAAUAGGCACGAACUUCUGGGAAGUAUACAGGUAGAUCAAAAACUUCCAGUAAAAGAGGAAGAGAUACGGAGUAAAGAACAAGAGCUCCAGCAACCAGGAAUAGUGAAAUCUGCUACCUUAACAGAGUCUGCAGAAAUUCACGCAACUGUAGAAAAAACAAAAGACAUGCUUUUAACUUCUGAGAUGCUGAAAGAUGGACAAAGUCAGAAUUCCUUAACAGUUUUGACUAGCCCUGAAGACAUUCCAAGGGGAAGUGUGAUACUUCAGAAAUCAACACUAGAAGAAAGUACUUCAGAAGAUUCAACCAAAGACCCGCUAGACAUACAUCCACCAAAAUUAAGAGAAAAAGAAGUUGGGCACAUAAUGGAAAUCUCAGACCAACAUACAGGCCAGCAGACACGUAGAGAAAGUGAAGAACAACAAUAUCACCUGUCAGUGGAAGAUGGGAAAACACAGAUGUGGGAGGAUGAUAGUUGCCAAGAAGGAACACCUUGUGAUAGACAAAGUCAGAACUCAGUGGCUGUGACGCCUUGAACAUACGCGAAGCGUCCAUGUGGCAUUUGGAGAAAUGCCAGUCCUAGAGAACAACUGACAAUCCUGUGACAGAACCAGGAGCUUUAUUCACUACCCUUUAUUCUUGGAUGUUAACAUCUGUUCUUUUGAAGACCUCACCUUGUCAUUUCUAUUGAAAAACAAUGCCUUUAGUGUUGGCUAUAUCCACACCUGUGUUCCAUCCAAAGGUCAUUUGUCUCUGCCCAAAAUAAUCCAUUUAGGCUGGAGUUGCACCACUGAGUGAAUGGGCAGACCACUAGAAUUUGUGCCACGGUUAUUACUGUCCCCUCACUUUAAAGUGUGUCCUGUCUGUCCCAUCUCCUUGAAUCCCUUCACUCAUCCCUGAAUCCCUCUCCCUUCUUUCUGCAGUCUCCCUUACCCCCCACAUCUUCCAUAGCUGCCUUGAUCUGACCUAUAAGUGGCUGUAGAUGCUGUUCAGCUUGUGUGUGAGGGGAAGGAGGAGGGCUCACUGAUGAGAACACAUGAGACUUCUGGCUGAGUAGCAGAUGUGUCUAUCAGACAGCAGGAACUGGAUCACGCACAAAUUGUUGAGCAAGAUGCUCGAGUUUGCUGCCUUUCAGUCCCGUUCAGGUAUCUCUGUCCAUCCUUCGGUUGUAUUUGUGUAGACGUUAUUUAGUCAGAAAUUAUUUCUACAGUGUAGCUUGAAAGGAGAUUGAGAAAAACCCUUCUUCUGUUGUUUCAGACUUCAGGUCUCAGGACUGGACUGUAAUGUAUUGAAUAUUUAUAUGUAUGUCUUAAACCCAGUUCUGAUUUUAAUGUAGAGCUAUAAUACUUAUGUACUAUUUAGGUGUACCCUUAAAUGAAUUUUGUAGAGUAGCCCGGAGAGGAAAUUGAUACUAUUGGAGCGGAAAUUGAUAACAUGUCAUUUCCUAUUUAUUGUUCCAGGUUUUUCCCCUUGUAAAAUCUCUCAAAAAUUUGGCUGUCUCGCUUUGAAUAUUUAUAUAUAUAUCCUAAACCCAGUUCUGAUUUUAAUGUAGAACUAUGAUGUUUCUAAAGACAAAAGGAGAGCCCUGACCUGUGUCAGAUCCACCGAUCACUUCUACUUGCUGUCCUCCCUGGUUUCUGAGAACCCCCCAGACUUACCAUUUUGCUGUCACCUUGUUCUUGUACUGCAGCCUUUGUAUCUCACCUCUCCCAUUCCAGCAUCUGCUAAUUUCUAGUCAUUGCCCCAUCCAACCCAUCCAACACAAGUCUUUCCUAUGCCUACACUGUCUAACAUCUUUCCUGCAUACAAACUUCCUCCUCUCCCAACCCCCACCCAAACUGCUUUCCCGCCCAGCAUUUUCAGAGAUCCUCCCCACUCCUAUCAAUUCUCUGUCUUUUCUGAGGCAGGAGUAGGAAGGAGGGUAACGGCUUGGUGGUGAGUUCUGCCUUCAAUUGCAAAAAGCUGAUGAGAUCUUUUGGUUGUCAGUCCAA